AUGUCUCUGAUUGCUGUUGAUCAACUUUUUCAUCACCAAAUUCCAAUUACUGAGUUAAUUUAUCACCUGACUAAACAAUUACCCUCUACAAAUCUUUUGCUCAUCAUUUCCACAGUUGUCUUAAAGUCCACUUCAUUAACUCGGCCAGACAAGAUAACUGCCCUUGAACUGAUUGGUGCUUCAGUACGUAACUUUUUUGAAGGAGACAGACUAUUGAUGUUUAAGUGCUGGAGAGAAGCCAUGAAACUUCGUUACUUCCCAUCUGAUGGUGAGCCACUUCUGCCCAAGACACCUUACGAGGGAGUUACAUCUGCAGCAUCUUCUGUGGUUUUUGGAUCUGCCGAAGAAGUCAUGACAAUGGAAGAACUGGAUUUAUUGGAGGAAGAUUUCGAGCGCAACAAAGCUAAUCGCGAUUUGGAAGUUCGACUAAGGUGUAACGUUCGAAUGCAACGUCAAUGUCUUCUCGUCAUUCGAAGAAUCUCCAGCCAAACCAAUUACGGGCCUUCAUUUUAUAUCCAACGUUUGUACGAGUUUUGUACGUGGAAGAUGGAAGAUUACGUGAAUGAAAUCGACCUCUCGACUGAGUUGAAGAGAAUCGUCAUCAACACUUUUCUGCUCAUCCUGGAACAAUUGACUGGAUUCGAUCCACAACUUCUUCCCUGCCAGUCAUUUAAUGUUUUUAUGAAAUCCCUGGGUUUUGCGUCUCGCUAUUUGGCUUUGUUGGCCAAGAAACCACCCGGAUACCCAGGAAGAGAAGAUCUUUCACACGCCAAUCUCCUGGCCGCCACCAAGUUCAUCGCCACGAUUGCCAAGUGUUUCCCAAAUCCGGCAUUGAUGUCUUUAUCUUUCAUCAAUGAUGACUACGAUAGUUUCGCUGAAAUUAUUUGGGAUUUAGUUUUCGUUAUGGAGUCAAUGUCUCCUUAUCUAAACAACGAAGACAAGCAGCAUUUGGAGAAGUAUUAUUCCAAUUACAUCCGAAACUACUUUUCAGACCGCACGACUUCUGUUCUUCACGCUGGAGUUCAAGUUUUCCUGGAUAGAGAUUUUCCAUACACUGAAUACCUCAAGACCAUCAAACUGACCAUCAAACUUGGAGCUGAUCCUAACGCCAUCGACGAAAAAGGUCGAACUCCGCUUCACAUUCUGGCCGGAAUAGAAAGGAUUGAUUCGGAUGAAUACAUGCCCGUAUUUCAGGCAAUAGUGGCAGCUGGAGCUCAUCUCGACAUGGCAGAAGAUAACGGAGACACUGUUCUCGAUAUUGUGAAAAGAAAUGGGAAGAUUUACAAAGACAAAGGUGUCGCAGCCGAAGCCUACUUCAGUUCGCUGAUCAACACUGUGUUUAAACUUUCUUGCUAUUGUGCUCGAGUUAUCCGUCGGCACAGGAUUCCAUUCGAUGAGGAUCGACUUCCACUUCACCUUCAGGAAUUGGUCUCUUGUCACAGCGCUAAAGGCCUAAUCAAUCUUCAUCAACCUCGUGAUAACUGA